CGAGGCUGUGAGGCUGAGGCUCAGCCAUAUUGCCGACCGGCCGGUGGUUUUGGCUGUGUGGCGCACACCGCCCUAGCCCUUGCCUAGCGGUUGCGCGCAUACUGAACGCAAGUCGUUCCCUCUUCCGUUUCUUCGCGGAGCCAGCCGGGGCUCCUCAGUGCAAAAGCGAACCGGCCCCGCUCACUCGUCAGUCGCUAGACAGCAGCUAGCUCCAGCCUGCAACCCCACGCGCGCGCGUUCGGCCACGAGGACAGCAGCAGCGUACACAGCCACAGCAGCGCAGCCAACAGAGCCAUGAGCACCUCGGGACGCCCCAGCGGCGUGGGCCGAGGCUCCUUCUCGGCCGGCCGCAGCUCCGAAGUCGAGCGCAUCAUCGCCGCCGCCGAAGUGGACACGACCUUCGCCGGCAAGAAGGCGCGCUACCGCGGCCGCCGAUCGACGUGGCCCGGCGCGCUGGCGCUGUUGCUGCUGGCCGUGGUGUCCGUGGCCGGCCUGACGUACUACGGCAUCCAGACGCACAACGACGUGAACGAGACGGUGGCCAGCAGCGAGGCGUCGGACGAGGCCAAGUACUCGGACGGCACGCAGAUCGACGACGGCAGCCCCACGGACACGACGUCGGACCUGGCCACCACCAACCCCAAGAUGUACACGGACAAGGGCUGCCAGCAGCCCAACUACAUCAGCAAGAACGGCCGCAUCUACGCGCAGCUGGCCGACGGCACGUCCACGCAGAUCGACAUCAAGGGCAUCAACUGGAAGGGCAUGGAGGACAGCAAGGGCGUGCCCAAGGGCCUCUGGGACAACACGGUGGACGGCGACUCGCUCUACCGCUACGCCUACUUCCUGCACUACAACAAGUUCAACGUCGUGCGCUUCCCGCUCUCCAUCGACGCCGUCAUGCGCAACACGGACAUCGACACGAACCUCAUCAACACCAACUCGAACCGCGCGCUGGCCACGGCCUCGCGCUACAACACGCUGCUGGGGCUCAUGGUGCAGGGCCUGGGCCAGUUCAACAUCGGUGUCGUGCUGGACUUCCACGUGCUCUCGACGUCGGACGACGACAGCUCUGGUCUCUGGUACGGCUCGUCCAUCAAGCUGGCCGACAUCAAGACGGCCAUCACGAACUUGGCCGAGGCCAUGUGCGACUCGACGCACUUCAACAUCAUCGGCAUCGACCUCAAGGACGGCCUCAGCACGGACGCUACGUGGGGCGACGGAUCCGACACGGACUGGUCCGUGGCGGCCACGGAGCUGGGCAACCACCUGCUGACCAAGUGCCCCAAGUGGCUGGCCUUCGUGCAGGGCGUGCAGGGCGAGAGCCACAAGGACACGUACGGAUCGCGUUCCAUUAAGAACACGUUCCUGCCCGGCUCGGACCUUUCGGGUGUGAGCGAUGCCCCCAUCACGCUCGAUACGGACAACAAGGUCGUCUACUCGCCCAAGUACUACUCGAGCUCUUACAUCCCCCGGCUAUACUACUUUGAGGACGGCACGACCAGUGGCGACCUCUUGGAGGACUACGUCGAGUACGGCGACGCCGACCUGCUGGCCAACGUGAAGCUGAGCAUGAACUACUCGUUCGGCGCGGCGUUCGACACUGGCAUGGCCGUGGUGUUGUCGUCGUUCGGCGGCCUCGUGGGAGACCUUGACGCGACGGACAAGCAGACGAGCACGCGAAUUGUCAAGGACGUUAUCGCGCAGAUGGCUGGCACUACGGAGCCGUACCUCGCCGGCGGCUUCUGGUGGACCUUGAACCCGGACACGACGUGGCCGUACCCGGCCCCCGAUGACACGAACGCCACCGCGCAGGGUCUGGUGGACGACACUUGGCGCGUGGCGAACAUGGAUGUGCUGCAGGUGCUGGCCUCAAUGAACAAAACCAUGGACCACGUCAAGUUCAUCCCCUGCUCUACUUAAGCCAGUGAGUAGCUGAGGCCUGCCCCUCGAGGGAUACACACGACCAAGUUGCUCCUUGGCGCUUUCAUUACUACUUCAGUUGCGGUUCGCUUGUUUUUCUCUUUCUUAGCCUCUGGAGAGGAGGAAGACGGUAAGAUAUUAGUACACACUUCUUUUUCUCCAUCCG